AUGUCGCCAUAUCCGUACACCGGGGUUACGGGGAGCCUCGGAGGGUUGGAGUCGCGGGACGACAACAUGUGGUUCGGGCGGCCGCAAGGAGACUUCAACAGGUCGAGGGCUGCUUUCAACCGGACUCAGUUUGCCGCCCAGCAGAUGUUCUUUAACGAUCUCAAGUUCUCGGCCGCGAAAUCGAUCAGGACCUCGACCAUCAUCUUGGCCGUUUUCAACGCGAUAGCUGCCCUUGCCACUGCCCUAGGUAUCUUGAUUGAUUCUUAUUUCAGGAAGAAGAGAAACGAUAAGAACUUCAGGUUUUGGCGCCAUGGUUUUAUCUUCAUCCCCGAAGCCGAAGUCUAUCCUCUGAUUCUGUCGUUCGGGAUCCUUAUCCAGAGCGUUAUUUUUGCUUCCGUUCAGUCUACCGGCCUGGACGACUUUUUUGGUACUGGGUGCACGUGGAUAGCACAGAUUAUGCUGCCUGCCGUGUUCAUCGCCCCUUAUACACAUCUCGUGCUGGGAGUCGAAGUCGCGAUCCGGGGCCUCAAGAAGAAACCCUUCGCCCCGAGGGGAAAAUUCAACGUUUCGAUAUGCCUUUCACUCAUCGGCAUGCUCACUCUCGCCAACUUCUUAGUCGCCGACUUUGACCAAACCCCAAACUUCUGUUUUUCAUCGCUAUUUUGGUUUGUUAAGCACUACGCCGUCCUCUGCUUCGGCCUCUUGGUUGCGAUUGCGACCAUUAAUCUCAGCGCUGCUGUGGCAAUCUUUAUCCGACUACAUCGGAGUCUCAAAGUCGAGGUAACCGCUCGGGUUGCUGCUUCCAGGAUGGUGUACUACCUUGCGCUCGCGGGUAUUUCAAACUCAUUUAUGAUCCCGUUCUUCUUCGUCCAGGGGUUCGCCAACGAAAGAGGACAGCGCAACAACGCAAUGACAUUGGGAAUGGUGGCCGCCGUCGUGGCGAAUGUCUCGGGUCUCAUGAACGGAGGACUUUACCUGUUCCUCAAGUCGAGCGCGACGUCAACCAUUGGCCCGACAGAUAAGGCCGGAGAGUACGAGAACAGGAGAGCACGGCACAAAAUGACACAUCACGAGCCCAACGACAGCGGCGAUGACGACGACAGCUUUAGCAACACCACAUUGAAUUCUACAACAGCCCCCAGGGGUCUCCGCAGGGUGGACAGCGAGGCCAGCUUGAUAACCGCCCGAAAAGGAGAAGACGAUGGAGUAGACAAUAGGAGCAUAUCGGCCUCGCUAAGAGGCGGCGAGCAAAGCCGUGACUCGUUCCGAUCCCAUAGGCUUGUGUCGGCUGUGGCGUCCGUCCUGAUGCCCAAGGCACCCGAGCCUGCUCGAGCCCCGCCAGCCACCCACGCACGCAAGAGGUCCUACUCGUUGUUCCCACGGGCCGUAAUGGGGCCCAAAUCAUCCCUCCUGCUACCAUCCACAACAUACUCGCCCGCCGACGCGCUCAAACCGCCGCCAUCCAUGGCCAACCUCGCGAAACUACGACACCGCCGAGACUCCUCGCUGGUGUCUUCAGCCACAGUCCAAAUCGGGCUACGCUUGUCGUCGGUCGAAGCCAUACCCCCACAAACGAAAACAAAACUCGAGGCGGACGACGGUGUGGUCCAUACCAUUGACUGUCCUAACUUGGACAGGGCAGAUACGCAGAGCCCCGGACGGUCUGGUAUUGUUGGCCCGGGAACCCCUACCGUGACCACCAGGGCAGGGGAUCGUGCAAAGUACCCGAUCCAGAGCACACCGACACCAGCACCACCGACACCAAGGGCCGUCCCUGUCGUGCCCAAAAUAAACAGCCAAGUAUCACCAGUCAAGGCGGACCCAACAAAGGCUGAGACGGCCCAAAACCCAACCACACUCAGUCCGACAGUCUACAGCCCCAUAUCGCCUGGCAAGCUGAAGCUGCCCAGUCCAACUGGCGUUGGCUUUGCGGUACCCAAGGCGUCCGGGGCUGCAGCUAAUAAUCCAUCACGCAGUCCCCCACGCCGGCGCGGGACGGGUGAUACAGAGUCAUCGGCGAAAGUGAAUGCGAAGGGUGCGUGGAUAUGA